AUGAUUCACUUUGCAACUCAAAUCCAGUUCGACGAUAAAGAUUUGCUUUAUCGCAACAAGGGUAAGGGAAAAAAACAGAGGGCUCGAGAGAGUUUUAGGUCUUUCGUUGACACAACACUACUGUCUCGUAACUUGAAUAACACGUUAAAGAAACUCUCAUUGACAUGUGAAGAUGAUGUUGACCACUUCAAGACUCAUACAAACCGAUGGAUAACGGAUGCCUUAGAAGGAGGCGUAUCGGAUCUUGAUCUGCGCAUCACCAUGCUUUCUGGAGAGCGACUACAAGCACGUCUUCUUCCUUCCACUGUCUUAAAACCGGUUUGA